GCCCAGCCGGAGCAGCUCUCUCUUCUCGUAACUGAAGACUGCCAUACAGGAACCGAAAGACAGAAACACUGAUGCUGGGCCGCCCUGCUGUCAGUACAACGGCGCGCGAACUCUCACGCGCGCACACACAGAGAGAGAGAGAGAGAGAGAGAGAGAGAGCGUGUGUACGGUGACCGAGAGCGCACGGGCAGAGCGGCUGGUGAGUGUGAUUGAACCCGCGUCUCCAGGCAACCGGCCCGUCUGAGGACCAUCAUCCUCCCGUUCAGCACAGCUGCACCGGGACCGUGUUACAGUAAAUAUCCGGUGCAUCAUUCCAUCAUUGCGCUCCGGUAUGGACUAGCGGCUUUAUUCACACAGCAGCGCCCGGCGGAGCGUCUGUUUGUCGGUAACAUGCCGCAGAAAUCCUAAAAGGAAACCUCGCCGUUCAGUCCGGAUUGUUUUUGUUCUCGUGGAUUAAACUUGUGUCCGGGAUGGGGAAGGAGCAGGAGCUGCUGGAGGCGGCGCGGACCGGGAAUGUGGGGCUGGUGGAGAAGCUGUUGAGUGGGAAGAAAGGAUUGCUGGGCUCGGGUUCCGGCUCCAUACCUCUUCCCGGGUUACUCAGUAUGUGGAGAGGCGUCAAUGUGAACUGUGCUGAUGGCUCAGGAUACACACCUCUGCACCACGCGUCUCUGAAUGGACACAGGGACGUGGUGUUAAAGUUGUUGCAGUUUGAAGCCUCUACUAAUGUGGCAGACAGUAAGGGCUGUUUUCCUCUGCAUCUGGCCGCAUGGAGAGGUGACGUGGACAUAGUCCAGAUACUGAUCCACCACGGGCCGUCCCACAGCAGAGUUAAUGAGCAGAACCAUGAAAAAGAGACAGCUCUGCAUUGUGCGGCUCAGUACGGUCACUCCGAGGUGGUCCGUGUUUUGCUGCAGGAGCUGACGGACCCCAGCAUGAGGAACAGUCGAGGGGAAACGCCGCUGGACCUGGCCGCCUUGUACGGCCGCCUGCAGGUGGUCCGCCUGCUACUGACCGCCCACCCCAACCUCAUGAGCUGCAAUACACGCAAGCACACACCUCUACAUCUGGCUGCACGGAAUGGCCAUCACACUACCGUUCAAGUGCUGCUGGAGACCGACAUGGACGUUAACACACAGACAGAGAAAGGAAGUGCUCUCCAUGAAGCCGCACUCUUCGGAAAGAUGGAUGUAGUUCAGCUACUGCUUGACUCAGGGAUUGAUGCCAAUAUCAGAGAUUACCAAGGAAGAAGUGCUCUAGACAUACUAAGAGAACAUCCAUCUCAGAAAUCACAACAAAUUGCUUCUCUCAUUCAAGAUUAUAUGAUGUCGGAUUGUGACAAAGGGAAUUUUCACGAAGAUUUAGCCCGUCAGCGUCCAAUACCGACACCACGCACAUCAAUACCCUCACCUGUGCCCUCCCCGUCUCUACGGCACAAAAAUGAUGCAGUAACAGGGGAGUUGUCCAAGCUGCUGAACGAAAUAAAGAUCUGCCGUGAUAAGGAUUGCUCCUUUGAGGAGCUGUGUCAGACCAUCUCUUCUCACUCUCAGUCCAUGGAGAGCUUCAGCAGUGGGCGGCUGUCUGACGAAGAACGGAACGGCACUCUCACUCGAAUAAACAAGCGGCCCACUCCCCCUUUGCCCCCGGCGAUGGAAGAGGAGGAAAAGAGUUGCGGACCAUCAGGCCUGUGGGAGGCGCUCACUCCCUGCAACGGCUGCAGAAACCUGGGCUUUUCUCAGGACAAGCGAUGUGCUGAAAUUGGCCAUUCUCCAUCACUGGAUGUGUUUUUACCAGAAGAUGAGGACAACCCUUAUGAGUCAGUGGCUACAGCUGUCACACACAAACCCUGCUCUCUGGACAUCCACCUCCACAACAGCGGCCACUUCUCACAUAUGUCGGUCAGUGAUGCAGAGCGAGGUAACCAUGGUGACGACUUUACAGGCCUGACUCCUGACUGCUCCCCUCCAUCACCUGAUACAGCCCUGAGGAACAUCGAGAGAGUCAUCCGCCCACAGCCAAAGCAACGGACCUCAUUGUCCUCCUCCCAGGACGUCCAGAAACCCCUACAGAACCACAGCGGUGAGCCUUCAGAGGUCAGUUCGUCACUCGGCUACGCCAGCUUCAGCACCAGCCCCCCCGCCAGCCCCCCCAUCAGCCCCGCCAACUGCUCCAUCGGAUCGGCCGAAGACUACGGCCUCACUGACGAGGCGGUGCACCAGAAGGAGUGCAUAGAGCAAGACGACCGAAGAAACAGCCACGUUCCCGAGCAGUUCGCUGGCCUCCUUCACGGCUCGUCUCCUGCCUGCGAAUCCCCUGACAACCCUUACCAACUCUACGGCAAAGUGCGAAAGUUCAGCGUUCCUGAGCCUCCGCUCCGGCACGGGAAUUUCCUCAGAGCACCCGAGUACUCGCCCCAUUUCCCUCGCACAGGCAGCGAGGCAUCUGCCCUAAAGACCCAGAAAGAAGCCAAACCGCAGAUAGUCUACAGGACAAUUUUUCACACCAAGGUCAACCAGGGCCCAUUUACACUCACCGAAUCGGGCGACAAGGCCACCGGUGUGCAUGUGAGGAACGGGGGGGUCCGGAGCAAAAGCAAGGGUGGCUCUAGCCCAGCAAGCAGCAAUUCCGGCUACGAGGAAAGAGCCUGCACUCUCGGGAGGAUGAGGUCCAUGCCCAAAAACGUUUUGGAUCUUCAGCUGUCCAGAAAUUUCUCCAAAUCAGACUCGAACCUGGUGGCCGUGUCUCCCAUCGAGGAAGAGCAGUGGAGUUCUAGGGGGCAAAACGGCUCCGGUAAAAGCAGCCCCAACAGACUAGAGAGAACACCCUCCUUUACGGCAGAGUGGGAAGAGAUUGACAAGAUUAUGAGCUCCAUAGGUGCUGGAAUUGGCACAGAGUUGGAGGGGAUUACUGAGGAUCAUUCAGGCCCCCGCUGCCCCGUCCAGUCCGUGGGACAGUGGCUGGACAACAUCGGUCUUGUGCAGUACGAAAACCACCUGCUGUCUAACGGCUUCGACAACGUUCAGUUUAUGGGUAGUAAUGUUGUGGAGGACCAGGACCUGCUAGAGAUCGGGAUUUUAAACUCUGCCCACAGACAGCGACUUCUUCAGGCAAUUCGCCUGCUGCCCAGGGUUCGGCCCAUUGGUUAUGAUGGAAAUAACCCCACCUCAGUGGCCGAAUGGCUGGAGUCUCUGGAGCUGGGAGACUAUACCAAGUCUUUCCUCAUCAAUGGCUACACCUCCAUGGAGCUGGUCAAGAAGAUCUGGGAGAUCGAGCUCAUUAAUGUUCUUAAGAUUAAUUUGAUCGGCCACAGGAAAAGAAUACUAGCGUCACUUGGAGAUCGACUGCACGAAGACACUCCACAGAAACCACCACGGGCCAUCUCUCUAAGGGAGCCCACUGGGAACCACACUCCACCUCAGCUGUCCCCUUCUCUGAAUCAGGCCUAUCCCAACGCCGGCUCCCUGGACGUCCAGCACCUCAUCAUGCAGGCCGACGCCAGACGCAGACGCAACGACAACUACUUCGAGGAUGUCCCGCGCUCCAAGCUAGAGAGACAGAUGGCACAAGUCAGUAUGACGACAGCAGAGACGAUGACGCAAGGGGAAUGGUGCGAGCCAAUCACGUUACGGCCUCCGAACGAGGCGACGUCAUCUACGCCGGUGCAGUACUGGCAGCACCAUCCUGAGAAGCUCAUAUUCCAGUCAUGUGACUAUGAAGCAUAUUAUCUGGGCUCUAUAUUGGUGAAGGAGUUACGCGGGACAGAGUCCACGCAUGACGCCUGCGCAAAAAUGAGGUCUACAGAACAGAUGAAGAAGAUUCCCACCAUAGUACUGUCUGUCUCCUAUAAGGGCGUCAAGUUUAUUGAUGCCACGAACAAGAACAUUAUAGCAGAGCAUGAGAUCAGGAAUAUCUCAUGUGCCGCGCAGGACCCGGAAGAUCUCUCCACAUUUGCGUACAUCACCAAGGACCUGAAAUCCAGCCAUCAUUACUGCCACGUGUUUACAGCUUUUGAUGUGAAUCUGGCCUAUGAGAUUAUCCUGACGUUGGGCCAGGCGUUUGAGGUAGCGUAUCAGUUAGCCCUGCAGGCCAGAAAGAGCGGCCACGGGUCAUCUACUCUGCCUGAGAGCUUCGACAGCAAACCCUCCAAACCUGUCCCUAAACCCCGAGUCAACAUACGCAAGUCUGUCAUGUCCCCCUCUAGCCGCUGGUCCCUGGGGCAUAUUUUCACCCCGCACCGACCUCCUCUUCAUCCUUCUCCUCUUCCUCCUACCUCACGACUCCUCCAUCAUCCACACAAAGUUCAAUUUCAGAUGGAGCAGCCCUCAAUGGAUCAAAAGGGCCAUGCCAAUGUCCCCUGGAUAGUCGAGCCAGGACAGGAAGCCAAAAGAGGAGCUAACACCAAGUAUGAGACCACUAUUUUCUAAUAUACACCCAAAAUACUGUCCACUCCUGUGUGUGUGCCUUACAGAGAGAGCCCUCUAGAGGCCCCCCACGGAGCCACGGGCCCAGUGACCUGUGACAAGCCCGCGUCUCUCCGCCCGGCCAAGCCCGCCCGUUUACCGUGGCUUCUGCAUGAUGACGCUGCCGCUGUCUUUUCUCUCCUUCAAUCUUUUGCCCCUCUUUUUCUCUCUCUCUCUCUCUCUAUCUCUUGAUCUCACUCGCCCCUCCCCCCCCACCUUUCUGGCCGCAGCACGAUACGGGAAGGUCCCGCUCAGCCCUCAGGGCCGCCACACUGCCGAUCCUCCUCCAAAACACACAAAAAAAGUGUUGCAAGCGAUUGUUUUUCAUUCAGUUUUUCCCCCUCUCCUCUUUUGAUUUCUCCUUCCCUCCGUUCCUCACUAUUCUUUCCUCGGCUUCUUCGGGAAGCGCCUCUCCAGCCUUUCCCCACCGCCCCCCUCGACUGCUUGAAUGACAACUUAAAACCAUAAUGCUGCUACAAGCCUUAUAAACACACAUGCUGUCGGGAUUUGCUUUCUUUGUUUCUUUCUGACUAAACAGCGUAGGGUUAGGAAGGCGGGAGGGAAAUGGAGAGAUUUUUGCGAGGCAUCCGAAACGGCUGGCAUAGAACGGAGAUUGGACUUUACAUGAAGGACAUUUUGCUUGUGUUGUUUCUUUCGUCUCGUAGCAAAGUUUUAAUUUUUAGUACCAGCGCUUGUCAGAGAGAAAAGAAAAAAAAGUCUGCUGUAAUUUAAAUUCCCUUAUUUAGGGGAGAUUUUUUGUUUGUUUUUUUAAACAGCACACAAGUUACGAGCUUGUUUUAGUCAGUCUUAGCAUAAAACUAAUUUUUGGAUGCAGAAGUUUGUCAGAUAGCAUUUAACGAAGGCUUACUUUACGAUGAGACACCCGCCAAAAAUUGUCUCUCAAAUUGCGUGUAUUCCUUGCUUUCCGGAAAAAAAAAUUUCCGUCGUAUUUUCUUUCUUUCCUUUUUUUUGGUUUUGCCUAUGAACCAAAUCCCGAGCCAGUCCUGAGACAUGCAGUGUAGUUGAUGGAAAGCAUGCAGUCCAUGUGAACUGGAGAAGGGGGGGCUUUUUUUUUUGAUGGACACUUUGGAUAAGUGAUGUGAUUUCAUUCACAGGGCAAUGGCGGACGCCCAUGUCUAUUACAGUGGAAUUCAGAGAAUGUAGCCUGCCCCUAACAUGGACCCUCACUCUCACAUGCAUUGCAAAAACGGACCACAAAUACGGAACCUAAAAGCACGUGUAAGGAUUUGCACAAGGACUUUUUCACCUGGGACUUGGUGUACGCGUACAAGGACUGCCGACAUGGACCCAUGGCCUUUUAACGAAACACUAGCAUGCACUCGCGCACACACACUGCAUAAAAAAAAAAAAACUAAUAAAAAAAAACAACAGGAGGAGACUGGAAUUCGAAUGUACACUUUUCAAGAGGCAGCGAUUCAAGUUGCUUUCCGAAGGACAGAGGCCGACAAUUUAUUGCGCGAGAGACGGACUGGGGAAGGACUGUCGCUAUGGCGACUCGGACACACUACACUGACUUUUCACCCAAUAUUUAGUCCAAAAUACCAUGGCAUGUCUGGACUGGGAUAAAAACGGACAUUUCUGUAUUUUUUCUUUUCUGUUUAAUUUGUUUCUUUCUUCCUUUCUUUAUGUUUGUGGUUAUUGAUCAAAAAUAUGAAUAUGCACAAUGUGAAUGGACUCAUUGCACUGGACAACCACGAAACGGAUGCGUCUCGUGCCAAAAUCACUAUGGAAUGGUUGUUGAUGUAAUUGGCAAUGCCACGCAGAUUAAUAUUCAUAUAUUGGCAAGAAAUUUUACUGUUUAAUAGAGAACUAUAUUACCAUUACUGUAAUAUUUACAAUUAUUAUAAUUAUUAUUCUUAUUGUGCAAUUCUCGUCUGAUGUCGUCUUAACGUAACAUUAUUUUUAUAUGACGCAUCAAGCUCGAAUAAGCAGCCAUCCGUGAAAACAAAAAAAUAUUGUUAUAUUACUACGGAGGAACUGAACGUGCGGAUGGCAACAGAUAUCUUAUUUUCACUCAUUGUCACUGUAGAAUUUUGCCACAGUUCUGUAAAUAAAUAUUUUGUUGAUUCAUUGUUCAUAUAUGUAAUUAAAAACAAAAAACAAAGAAAAACAUGUAUAAAGAAUGAUUUAAAAAACAAUCCAAUAAAUUGGACUGGUAAACAAGGUACCAAUUUCAGUGCAACACAUUAAAAGAAAACAACAGUAUAAACAAGGGGUGGAUUUGUGACAUUAUUGCUAACUAACGUGCAGAUAGGCUUGGGCUUCCAGCACACAGAUUUUGUAAGUUUGGUCUUGCUAAGCACACGGAAUAAAUCCAGAUUGUAGAACCA